GCCAUUCACACCUGUAGGUGAUACAAUCGACGAGGAGAUCAGAGAGGUUCCACUUGAGGUCGUAGAGGGCCCAAAAACAUGCCUCAUCUCGUAAUGGUGCAGCAACAAGUAUAUAAUAAACCCAAUUGCAUAUGAUCACGGUUGUACUCGCAGAUGGAUCGUCGCGUGAAACCGAACCCAGAAUUCCUGGUUACAGCAGGUACUGGCCCGCUGCACUCACAUUCCUAUUGGGAAUCGCGCUGUGGUCGUUAAUGUGUAUAACUACGCCAAGACAUCAUAUGCAUACGUUGAAUUCGUUGCGAACUAUCCCAUUUGCAGUUAUAACACGUACAUUUCCUUGGCGUCACAGCAAAAAUGUAUUCAUGAGUCAAUAUCUCUUCGAACAGCAUCUCGGUGUGGAUACAUUGAAUAGUAGCUAUUAUCGCGCGUGUUGGGGCAGUCUCGUCCGACUCAAUUUUAUUGGUGGUGACCUGGAUCAAGACGUUCAAGCUCGCCAAAGAAAGCUCCAAGCUGAAGAUGCCAGCGUCAGUGGGAGUACUUCUGUUCCGAGACGGCUCUUUGUACUUUGCCACGCUACUGCUGCUGAACGGCUUAGAGAUCAUACUGUCGUUCGUCUAUCAGCAUUCCGGUAUACCCCAGGAUGUCACCAACUAUAUCUCAAUCUUUAUAACGUCUCUAUCUUCCAUCCUCGUGGGCCGUCUCAUCCUGAAUCUUCGCCGUAGUCUGCACAAUCGUGGUGAUUCACCUGACAUCGAUAGCGUCCACUUGGCAUCUCGUAUGAUUGGGAAUAUUGGCGCAGAUCUUAUCCGGAGAGAUGUCUCCGGUUGGAUGUACAUGCUGCGUUUCA